AUGCACCACAAUGGUAGCAGCGACGCCGCAGAAGAGGGCAACGACCACCUGAGCCCCGCCUCCAUCAGCUCGGUGGUCGUCUCCUCCCCCUCUAUCCCUCUGUCACCGCUUCCGAUGACGCCGACGGAGCCAAACACAACAGUGGCAGCAGAGCAGGAGCGGCAGCUGCUCUACUCGUGCCUCCCACCCACCCCACCGCUUGGCCACCUGGCGCGUGCAGUGGAUGAAACCGACGGAUCGUCCUCUGCGACCGGUGCGAGCGCCGCGCGGCGGUGCUUCCACACCCCACCGCUCAAGGAAAUGGGGCAAGACAAAGUCGCUAAGGGCUUCCACCGCGCCCUGCCGACAACGCCGCAGUCCAAGUCGGCCGCCGAGCCAACGAUGAAUGGCGCAGACGAUCACACGAGCUCCGCCACAACACCACGGCGUGGAAAAAGCGACACGGUGCUGCCGACAACUGACAGGAAUCGAGAGGCGCCCUAUUACCUCAGCAGCGACUCAAGCAACGAAGAUGGCAACCACAACGUCGGCCGUCCUCGUAGGGACGAGGGCAGCAGCAACAACGAUCUCAACUACACCCCUACGGCACGGCUCACGGUCGAGGAGGAGCAAGCGGCGCGUCUGUGCGCGUACAACGAGAUGGUCGCCGGCAGUGGUGCCGGUGACGAGGGGGAGGGUGCCGAUGGGGUUGUCGCCGCAAACAGUCGCGACUUCAUCUCGGACACGGUGCAUACAAUACUCCCCACUGCCAUUACGCGUUGGUUCUCGCUCUCUGCUAACGCGGUGGCGCAGACUUCGUCGAGCAUGGUGCCCAACAGCGUGAAGAGCGCCACGAGCACGGUGGCACACACGAUUGGUACGGGUGCCCAGCAUAUCGGGGACGCAAUCGACACGCUGCCUGACUUGAUGGUGAAGGCGAUUCCACCGGCUGUGAUGUCCAAGGAUGUGAAGCAGCUUCUCUUCACGGAUUUCAGUAACACCUUCCGCAGCUUCUUUCACACGAACAUUCUGACCAUGCCCUUCGUCUUCCGCCAAGCCGGGUUGGUCGGUGGUAUCGUACUGCUCUCCUUCGUCGCUGUCACGUCCGAGUACGCGACGGAGGCGUACUUUGGUGCGAAGAAUCAGAUGAAGAACGCGCACAGGGUUGUCGUGUACGGCGAUGUUCCGCUUAUGGUGUGGGGCGACUGGUAUCCGAUGAUCAACCUGUUCUACGGCAUUACCCACCUUAUCGGCUUCAUUGCAUUCUCGUCGUCGAACGCGGUAGUGCUGCUCGGCGCAAUGGGCAUGAAGGGCGGUGGUGCGCGCGCGCUGGGUCUCAUCAUACCCUCCCUCAUUGCUCUUCCGCUCGUCCUCAUGAAGAACGCACGCAGCCAGCAACCGCUGGCGAUCAUGUCUAACAUACUCGUGCUGAACUCUGUGAUUUUGAUGUGCAUAGACUUCACCUACAAGCCGCAGCCGCCUAUCAAGCUAUGGGCCAACUCGCCAUCCGAGUUCUUCGUCGCACUCGGUGUGACAGUGUACGCCUUCACUGGCAUUGGCUCGACGAUCUCGGUGGAGCGAGUCAUGGCACCGGAGCGCUACCACAAGCUGCUGCGUGCGUCGGUGGCGAUUUCGUGGGCGCUUCUCAUGGCCUUCGGCCUCAGCGGCUUUCUCUCCUACGGCAACCGCACCUGCUCUGUCAUGACGGUGUCGCUACAAUCCGGCCCGCUGCGAACGGCGGCAAGCGCGUUGCUCUUUGUCGCAUCACUUGCAAUCAUUCCGCAGAAUACAUUCCCGCUCUGCGAGUUGUCAGAUCGACGAGUGCUAGGGAUUACGCAACUCACUCAAUACUGGGACCUCAAGCCCAAUCUGCUCCGUAUUGCAUACCUCGUCCUGAGUUCCUUUGCUGCCUUCACCGUACCGUACUAUGGACUUAUCCUGUCCAUAUCUGGAUCCCUUGGCUGCGGUAUUGUCGGCCUCGUCGUGCCCGCCGCGCUGGACUACGUGAGGCGCGAACGCUGGGCGUUGCGGGAGGGCCGCACGCUGCGCUUCUGGGAGUACUUUGUAAUUUUUGGUCUUGGCCUCUACGGCUGUGUCGUGGUCGUCAUCGGGGUCGUAUCCGGCAGCUACCAGCUGUGGAGGAGCAUUCAAACAAGCUCCACAGACAGCUGCUAG